UGACAAUUACUGUCAUGUGAAAAACAGCGCAAAGCAAAACCGCGGUUCCGAAGCAAAACAAAAACAUUUAAAAAUUCCAAAAAAUUGAAAUAAUCCAUAAUUUGGCUUUAACAGUUUAAGAAAGGCUCAAAAAUCUAAACUUUGAUACGUAGACUGUUUAGCAUAAAAUAGUUUCCACCGAUAGUAUGGAGAUGAAACAAAUUAUUCAAACGGAGGUAACGGAUAAUGGACCAGUCCGGUUACCGGUCGACAGCGAAAGCCACACUUUUGACGAUUGGACAAUUUCGUAUACCAAAUCGCACAUUUUGAAAAGCGUCUGUAUCAAUGAUAACAAAUGCGUCCAGGGGGAUGCCGGCUGCUGUGAAUUAUGUGUAUACAAUUUUGCCUUGGAGUUGCCGCAUCUACCGGAUAUGGUCUUCCACAGGAAUAUCCUAACGAUUAGUCAUAAAAACGGCGCUCGUCUCGAGUUCAAUCCAAUAGAUGCGCUCAAGCUGGUUCGAAAUGAGAAGCUGGAUUUGAAGGUAGCCUGUUCGGACGAGUGGAAGGAAAGUCGUUCGUCCGCGGACACCCAAGAAAAAGUUAAACCGUUCGACUGGUCCUUCACGACGGAAUACAAAGGUACCGUCAAUGAGGGCAUUUUGGUGCAGGCAACCGAUCAGAAGAUCGACAUGUUCAAGCUAAUGAAACGGGAACCGAUCCUGUUCUAUCACGAUCUCACUCUGUUCGAAGAUGAGCUGCACGAUCACGGGAUAUCCGUGUUGUCUGUGAAAGUGCGAGUUAUGCCAUCCGGUUUCUUCAUUCUUCAGCGUUUUUUCCUACGUGUUGACCACGUUUUGAUACGGAUCAACGAUACUCGAUUCCACUAUGAGAAAGGCAACGACUAUCUACUAAGGGAGUACACCCACCGUGAGGCGAAAAUCGAACAACUGAAGCGAGUUCCACCGGCGCUGUUCACUAGUCCAAACGAAAUCGCCGAGCAUUUGCCGGUGGUUUCGAAACUGACUGAGAAGUUAAUUCUCACGCCAACAGCAAUCGACGCUGCUGAGGCAACUGUGGAGAUGUCAUCAUAAAAUCGAUAGAGACGCUCCAUUUUAUCGCAUGAAUAAUUUUAUUUUUUAGCAGUAUCACAUCAACGAACCUCGCCCCGCUAUCAAAAUUGUAGGUUUUUGUGUAGCAAAGUUGGCUCGUAAAUAAUCCGAAUUAUGGUUGCGAUUUAAAUAAUGAACAUGACUUUCACUUA